AUGGCUGCUGCAACUGUUUACUUGGGCUUUCUGCUAGUGGCUCUGGUCUUCGCUUACUUCAAAAUAUUCUACAGGAGACUGCGUGCUGGUGAACCUCCCUUAGCUCCGGGUCAUUUUCUUUGGGGAAACGGUAAGCAGUUUACUGACCACGCUGUCAAGUUUCUGCACGCUGCCCACAAGAAAUGCGGGGACGUGUUUACUGUCCGCUUCUUAAACCAGUACUGGACAAUGGUGCUGGACAUUCACAGCUACGAGCAGUUUGCCAAGGAGAAGAACUUUGAUUUUGAUGCCAUACAGGAGCAAGUCAACAACAAUGUAUUUGGAUAUCACAUUGUUGACGCCAGAAAAAUGAUUAGCGAGGCGGGUCAAAAAGUCAAUGGUAAACAUUUAUUUACAUCCCUGGAGAACUUCGCCAAUAAUCUCACAGAGGCUUUCAAGCAGACGGCUUCAGAAGCAGACAAUGCUACUGUAACUAGAGAAAAUAAGACUAUGAUCAAUAACAUGAAAAACAAUAGCAACAUUCUAGCGAACGAAAAACGAAAUGAUCUUUAUGAUCUUUUGGAGACGGACGUUAAAAAAGAUUACAAUAUUGCAUCAAUCAUGGCCUCCGAAAAACUGCUGGAACAACCGUCAACCUUCAAGGCCGAUUAUUUUGCCGAUUCUUGGAGCCAAGACAACUUGAGAAACCUGGCAUCAAAGACUUUCUUUUCUCCCGUCUUCUACACCAUCUUUGGACGAGAAGAGGCAGGCAAAGAGAGCAACUUUCACCCACAAGUGUUCCACAAAAACUUCGACCAGUUCCACAAGUACUUCAACUUUUUGUGGCUGGGGCUACCAGUGCAGAUGUUUCCUCAGGCAGUAGAAGCAGCAGGCAUCCUGGCCCAACAGCCCAGUAGCUCAGACAUGGUUCAGAGGGAGGGCUGCUCCGACUACAUCAAGUUUGCCACAGAAUUUAUGCUGAGAAACAACCAAACAGAACGGGACAUCAUCUGCCACAACCUGGUGUUCCUCCACGUCAACUACAACACGUUCAGGGCUGUCUACUGGUGCAUGUACAAGUUGAUGGAGGACGCGGAAGUGAUGUCUGCGGUGAGGAGAGAAGUCGAGGAGGUAGUCGAGGCCAAGAGAACAGGUGCGAACCAGGCUGAAUACGAAGCUGAGUUUACCACUGAAGACAUAAAUAAGCUACCAGUUGUUGAUUCAUUUCUGAAGGAAGUCAUUCGCUGGACAAGUGGAGUGUUUAUGGUCAGAAAGUGUGUGGAGGAUACUGCCUUCACUACAGCUAGUGGUCAGACAUUCAAUAUCAGAAAGGGAGACAAAGUCGCUAUUUAUCCUCCGGUGUUCCAUCACGACCCAGAAAUAUUCGCUGAACCUGAGACCUUCAAGUACGACCGUUUCAUCGACGCUGACUUCUACAAAAACGGCAUCAAAAUUAAACAUCCUUUAAUUGGCUUUGGCUCACUGUGCCCAGGACAAAAGCUGUCAAUGCUCCAGAUCAAAUGGUUCAUCGUCAACAUCGUCAACAGCUUCAAACUAGAACUACUCGAGGGUGAGAAAACGGCUCCACACACGGGCAUGUAUGGCCAUGAGAUUUUGCCACCAACCAACGAUGUUCUCUGUCGGUUUAGACCCCGAGAGGGAGCUGUUACACUGAAGUACAUCAACAACUAUGGAUCCAAUGGAAGCAAGGGGCUCGGGGGUAUUUCGUCAGGAAAUCUGUUGUGA